AACGAACUCGAAACCCUAAAAUGCGGGAAUCUCUGGCAGUACGAGAGUAAGCUUUAAACAUGGUGAAACACUCGGUCGGGUGGAUCACGUUCCAGAAGAGAUGGUUAUUGAUGCUUAUCGUCAUAUUUUCGAUAUUCACCGCUAUUGUGUUCGUCAUCAGAGCUGCGUUUGACUCUUGCGAUCGGCAUUAUGAAGAUUCAGGAGGUCGGAUUCAUGUAGCUUCGCAGAUCGGAAGCAUCGCGAAUCCUCUGGACUUCAUGAAGUCGAAGAUUGUCCUGUUGGUUUCUCAUGAACUCUCUCUCUCUGGUGGACCAUUGCUGCUGAUGGAGCUUGCAUUUCUUUUAAGAAGUGUUGGUGCUCAAGUUAUUUGGAUUACAAUCCAACAGCCAAUUGAAACAGAUGAAGUUGUAUACAGUCUAGAGCAUAAGAUGUUGGAUCGAGGAGUGCAGGUCUUUCCUGCAAGGAGUCAAGAAGCACUAGAUAUGGCUCUUAAAGCUGAUUUGGUUGUUCUAAACACUGCUGUUGCUGGCAAAUGGUUGGAUGCUGUUUUGAAGAAGGACGUUCCCCGUGUUCUUCCAAAGGUUUUAUGGUGGAUUCAUGAAAUGCGAGGGCAUUACUUCAAAAUGGAGUAUGUUAAGCACCUCCCCUUUGUUGCAGGUGCCAUGAUUGAUUCACAUACAACGACGGAAUACUGGAAGAAUAGGACUCGAGAACGUUUAGGGAUUAAGAUGCCUGAAACUUACGUUGUUCAUCUUGGGAAUAGCAAAGAAUUGAUGGAAGUAGCAGAAGAUAGUGUUGCCAAGAGGAUUCUUUGUGAACAUGUCCGAGAGUCCCUUGGAGUGCGGAGUGAAGAUCUUCUUUUUGCCGCCAUUAAUAGUGUUUCACGUGGGAAAGGUCAAGACUUAUUUCUCCGUUCCUUCUAUGAAAGCUUGCAACUGAUCCAAGAAAAAAAGGUCCAGGUGCCAUCAUUGCAUGCACUGAUAGUAGGAAGUGACAUGAAUGCUCAGACCAAAUUUGAAAGAGAGCUGCGUAAUUUCGUAAUUGAGAAGAAAAUUCAGGAUCGGGUUCACUUCAUCAACAAAACUUUGAAUGUAGCUCCUUAUCUGGCUGCAAUCGAUGUUCUUGUCCAGAACUCUCAGGCUCGGGGAGAAUGUUUUGGACGGAUAACCAUUGAAGCUAUGGCAUUUCAGCUGCCUGUUUUGGGAACAGCAGCUGGAGGCACUACAGAGAUUGUGGUCAAUGGUUCCACUGGUUUGUUGCAUCCUGUCGGUAAAGAGGGUGUCACACCUCUGGCAAACAACAUUGUGAAACUUGCAACACAUGUUGAGAGAAGGCUGAGAAUGGGAAAGAAAGGUUAUGAGCGGGUGAAAGAGAGGUUCAUGGAGCAACACAUGGCCCAUAGAAUUGCUUCAGUUCUCAAGGAAGUCUUGCAAAAGCAAAAGACCCGCUCUCGUUCUUAAUUUGCAAUAUGUCUUGCUUUGGUUUUUAUACUUAGAUCAAAAUCUAUGUAUCAUUUUCUUUUCAAUUUAUGUUUUCCUCCCUGUAAGCUGGAAUGAUUGUACAUAUACAAUUAAUGGACCUUGUGUGGGU